GACUAUGCCUGUGGAUGCCAAUCGCCUCUCUCCACCUCUCUGCAUAGUGUGCCGUGUGCCCUGCAUGGCAGGUCAGGUCUGGCGCACAGGCGCGCACAAACACGCGGCGCGGUGUCGGGGAUUUGCUGGCGCUUGGGAAGCAUUGGGAGGGUCCCAAAUCUGGGUCGCGGAGGAGUCUCCUAAGGAACAUUUAGGUUUGUCCGGACUAAGGGAUAGAUCCGCCAAGCAAAGGGAGUCAGGAUUGGAGCCUGUAGGUUUUGAGGGCUUCAGUGUGCAUGGGUGGGGUAACGGUUUGGUGCCUGACGCCCCCACCCGCAGAGACAAGGCUAUAAAUAGCAAGACAGAGCUCCGCCUCCACCGCCCCCCCACCCCCCAGCUUCUCUCCUCUGGAGCCGGCGCUGUGCCCGGGGCGCACCGGGAGGAGGAACAGGAUCCGGUGCCUGGGCGCACAUACUGAAACCAAGGGAAUCCGGGUGCCCCCCAAAGCCAUGUGGGUCCCCGGAAACCUGGCCCCGCCACCCCGGCUGCUCCGUGGCCCUGGCUUCAGCCUUGGCCCAGUGGAGGUUCUGCGGACAUUCAGGGAUCGGCUUGGUCUUUGAGCCCCCUGGUCCUCGCCAGUCACCACACCCACGUCCCUAGCCAUCUCCUCAGCCGGCCCCGGCCCCCGCUCCAUCAGCGUGCUCGCCCCAACCGCAGCUAUGCUGCACACAGAGGGCCACGCUCUCCUUCGGGCCGUGGGUCAGGGUAAGCUGCGCUUGGCCCGUUUGCUUCUGGAGGGGGGCGCCUACGUGAACGAGGGUGAUGCCCAGGGCGAGACCGCGCUGAUGGCAGCCUGCCGUGCCCGCUACGACGACCCGCAGAACAAGGCGCGCAUGGUACGCUACCUCCUGGAACAAGGCGCGGACCCCAACAUCGCCGACCGCCUGGGGCGCACCGCGCUCAUGCACGCCUGUGCCGGAGGUGGGGGCGCCGCUGUGGCUUCGCUGCUCCUCGCCCACGGAGCGGACCCCUCGGUGCGGGACCACGCGGGCGCCUCGGCGCUCGUCCACGCCCUGGACCGCGGGGACCGCGAGACCCUCGCCACGCUGCUGGACGCCUGCAAGGCCAAGGGCACCGAGGUCAUCAUCAUCACCACGGACACUUCGCCCUCGGGCACCAAGAAGACCCGGCAGUAUCUCAAUUCCCCGCCGUCCCCGGGGGUGGAGGAUCCCGUUCCCGCCCCUCCCAGCCCGGGGGUGUGCACGUCGCCGUCGGAGAUCCAGCUGCAAACGGCCGGAGGCGGAGGGGGAGGCGGGGGCCGGGGCUUGCUGUCUCCCCGCGCGCAGGAGGAGGAGGAGAAGAGGGACGUGUUUGAGUUCCCUCUCCCCAAGCCCCCCGAUGACUCCUCCCCUUCCGAGCCGGUCCCCAAACCUCCCCGUCACCCUCCCAAACCUCUCAAGAGGCUCAACUCCGAGCCCUGGGGGCUGGUGGCACCUCCCCAGCCCGUCCCGCCCGCCGAAGGGAGGCCAGGGGUUGAGCGCCUGACUGCGGAACUCAACGGCCUGACCCUGAGCGGCCGACCCCGGCUGUCGCGGCGUCACAGCACCGAGGGCGCAGAGGACCCGCCCCCGUGGGCGGAGAGAGUGGCGGGUUGGGGGGCCCUCUCGCGCCGGAACACCGCGCCCGAGGCGCAGGAGCCUGGACCCCCUGCGGGACUGAGGCAAAAACUGAGCCGCAUGGAGCCGGUGGAGCUCGAUGGCCCCGGCAGUCUCUGUCCGGAUUCUCCGGAGUGCAGCCGCUUGUCCCUGGAGCGCCGCCGCUACAGCGCCUCCCCGCUGACCCUCCCUCCCGCCGGCUCGGUCCCCUCCCCGCGCCAGUCCCAGGAGAGCCUCCCGGGGGCAGUGUCUCCGUUGAGCGGGCGGAGGAGGAGCCCCGGGCUGCUGGAGCGGAGGGGCUCGGGGACUUUGCUUCUGGACCACAUCUCGCAAACCAGGCCCGGCUUCCUGCCCCCGCUCAACGUCAGUCCCCACCCUCCCAUCCCUGACAUUCGCCCCCAAGCCGGGGGUCGGGCGCCUUCGCUGCCUGCCCCUCCCCAGGCGGGGGCGCCCGGCUCUCCCAGGACCAAGCGAAAGCUGGUGAGGCGUCACUCCAUGCAGACUGAGCAGCUCCGCCUUCUAGGAGGCUUCCAGAGUCUAGGUGGGCCAGGGGAGCCAGGGCGUUGAGACCAGGGAGAGGACACAGAGGGCGGGGAGCAGGACCUUGCAGGAGCAGGUGGGAAGAAUCAGCUCACACACACACCUCGGACCUGGGGGGCUCUUGCAUGUGCUCAUGGGCACGGUGCACGCACAUCUGGGGAAACGUGUCCACAAGCACAGUACUCGUAUUCAAAGGGAAGGGUGAGUAGUCUAUUUACUGGGCAUCUAGACACAUGCAUUCAUGCCCUGGUCACUGCACAUGCACAUGCACAUGCACAUGGGAAUUACUUGUGUACCCACAGGCAACACAUACACACACACUCACACACACACAUACUUGUGCUAGGGCCCCCAGUGGGUCCCAAACUCACUAGCAUUUGUUCAAAAGCAGUGGGGGACCCGUACCCCUGGGGAGCCUUGAAUCUUUUUGCCUUCCUGCAGAAGUACCCCCUGGCAUUUCAUGUGUGCCCUGAGACACAGCCUGCUCAUGCUUCUGGGUGAUUACCCCACCACAUUGAGCAGGUCUUGCUUCUCUGUUCAGGUCUGGCUCCUUUUUCAACCCCAGCUUCCAACCCUAACCACUUUUCAGGAGGCCUUCUCCACUCUUCGUAGGGUUUUCCUGCAGCAAUCCCCCAGCCUCAGUUUUGCUGUCACCCUCCCUGCUCUAGGCUUCUCAACUUCCAGCUUUCUAGCCCCACUGGGUUCUGCUGAUCAAUACAACAGGUUGUCUCAUUUCCCCAGUGGGGAGGUCAUGGACUCCAAAGCUGCUGUUUUGUCUGUCUGAUCUUAUAAACACCCUGAAAAGUAGUUGUGGGAUUAAUCUCAAGUCACUCUCCCCUUAACAUAUCAAAUAAAUGUGUUCAGAAGUC